AUGGAUGUUGACAAAUGGGAUUACCUCUUACGUGACAGCCUUUAUGCGGGUUUAGGCCACGGCUCCGGGAUCCUAGAACUUGAAAGAUUCCUCCUAUUCUAUCGACCAGCUCCGUUUUAUGAGUCUUCCUUUGAAAAUACCGACUCAGCUGACACCGGCUCCUUGAACAAACGAAUAGAUCAAUCUUUAUGUAGCCCAUUAUCUCUCGAUGAACCAGAGAUAUCAUAUGUUCCUCCUUGUGACCGAAACCACUAUUCUGAAGCCUUUAAUUUUAGAUCACUUAACAUCCCCACUUAUUGUUCUCCUCAAGUCAUGCGGAAAGAAUACAAAAGGAUUAGAUCACUCUCUAACCUUCCUGCUCCAAGUUUUGCUACCGAAGAAGCAAGGGCACCAGAGGUGAUUUGGCAUAUGUCAAUCCUUGCGAGUGAGCUGGAGAAUGUACAGCGCAUGUUCAGCCUGCGACUACACUUGCAUCGCCGUCUCUAUCAGCACAAAGCCGUUGUGUCUAUUCAGGUAUCCAUAUUUUAA